UUGCAUCAUUUGCCUAUUAAGGAAGUUUCACAAAUAUCGCACCAUAUCCAUUUUAGGAAAGAAAAUAUAUGUGUUCACACUACAAAUACCCUAUAUAUCCUUACCUUUAAACCCUUAAUUCUUUAGUUUAUUUUUCAAUUGCAUGGACAAUUUUACCUUUAUUUCUCUUUCUUUUUCCCACUACAAAAAAAAUUUUGCCCAACCUUUAUGGUGCAGUAUUAAAAAAAACGGAGAAAAUAGGUCAAUUGAUCCAAUCUACACCUAAUCCACUAAAUUUCAUGUUGUGGCAAGUUAGAAUCUCCCUCUUCAAUGUCAAGACCAGCACUGCUACUACUCUACUACUAGUAGUAAUCUAAUCACCCAAACCCAGCAAACCAAAAUGCUGCUACGCAAAUGCAAAUACCAUUCCUCAUCCAUCACAACACCAUCUACCCCACGCAACGCCUUUCUCGCCGACAAAGCCAUAACCUACCUCCGGCGACACCCACAACAACUACCUUCCUUACUCCCAGAAUUCAACCCAGAAUCCGCUUGCUUCGUCCUCCUCAAAACCCAGUUCGACCAAGCCCUUACCCUCCAAUUCCUCAAUUGGGCGCGCACUUCCUCGAACCCCGGUUUCUUAGACCCCAAAUCCAAAUGCUACGCCCUCCACGUUCUCACCAAGUUCCGCCUCUUCAAAACCGCGCAAUCUCUCGCCGAAGAACUCGCUCGCGAAGUUUCCCUUGAUGAUUCAACUGGUGGGUUAGUGUUUGAUUUUCUGAAAAAUUCUUAUCAGUCUUUCAAUUCUAAUUCGUCUGAUGUUUUUGAUUUGAUGGUUAAGUCUUAUGCUUCGCUUAAUAUGGUAGAUAAAGCUAUUAAUACUCUUAAUUUUGCUAAGAUUGAGGGUUUUAUGCCUGGGGUUUUGUCGUAUAAUUCGAUUCUUCAUGCUAUUCUUCGGAAUUUGCCGCCGUCUUCGUCGUCGUUGUCGUUGGCUAUGGAGUUGUUUGAUGAUAUGAACAAAUUGGGUGUGUCUCCUAAUGUGUUUACUUAUAAUAUUUUGAUGAGGGGUUUUUCUGGGGCUGCUCAUUUGCCUAAGGCUUUGAAGUUUUUCUCUGAUAUGCAAAAAUCUGGGUGUUUGCCUAAUAUUGUGUCUUAUAAUACUCUAAUUGAUGCUCAUUUUAAGCUUAAGAAGGCGGAUGAUGCAAUCAGCUUGUUUCGUUCACUUCAGUCGAACCGUCUGCAGCCUAAUUUGAUUACUUAUAAUAUUAUGAUUAAUGGGUUGUGUUGUGAGGGGAAGAUGAAGGAGGCUUCUGAGGUGUUUCAUGAUAUGUACCGCCAGAGGCUUAAACCCGAUGAGGUGACUUAUAACACGCUUGUUAAUGGGUAUUGUAAAGAUGGUAACUUUCACCAGGCACUCCUUUUGCAUUCUGAUAUGCUUAAAAAUGGUUUAUCUCCCAAUGUUGUUACCUAUACUUCUCUCAUUAAUAGCAUGUGCAAGGCGGGUAAUAUGAAUCGGGCAAUGGAAUUCUUGGAACAGAUGUGCUCUAGAGGGCUUAGACCCAAUGGAAAAACAUAUACAACUUUGAUUGAUGGAUUUUCCCAGCAAGGUCUGCUGAAUGAAGCCUAUAAUUUAUUGAAUGAGAUGACUGCCGGUGGAUUUGAACCCUCUAUUGUGACCUACAAUGCUCUUCUCAAUGGGCAUUGCAUUUUGGGUAGAAUGGAGGAGGCCAUUAGUGUGGUUCAGGAUAUGGUGGAGAGAGGUUUGGUACCCGAUGUUGUGAGUUAUAGUACACUUAUAUCUGGAUUUUGCAAAAAUCAAGACGUGGACCGAGCCUUUGAGAUGAAAAAUGAGAUGGUUGGGAGGGGGAUUUUGCCGGAUGCUAUUACCUAUUCGUCACUUAUCAAAGGACUUUGUGAGCAAAAUCGGCUUGCUGAAGCCUCUGUUCUUUUCAAUGAUAUGUUAAAUGCAGGCUUGCCACCUGAUGAAUUUACCUAUACUACAUUGAUAAAUGCACACUGUAUAGAAGGGGAUAUCCAGCAGGCUUUUAAACUUCAUGAUGAGAUGAUACAGAAAGGUCUCCUUCCUGAUGUGGUCACAUAUAGUGUACUUAUUAAUGGUCUUAAUAAACAAGCUCGGACAAAGGAAGCAAAGCAGCUUCUGCUUAAGAUGUUUUAUGAUGAUUCUAUCCCUUCCGGCAUCACCUAUGACACACUGAUAGAGAGCUGUGGUGACAUUGAAUUUAGGAGCAUUGUGGCUCUUUUGAAGGGAUUUUGCAUGAAAGGUUUGAUGAAAGAAGCAGAUAGAGUAUUUGAGUCUAUGCUUCAGAAAGACCAUAAGCCAUCUGAAGCUGUAUAUAAUGUACUCAUGCAUGGUCAUUCUAAGUGUGGGAAUCCACACAAAGCGUAUGUCUUGUACAAGGAAAUGAUGGGUUCUGGAUUCAGUCCUCACACUAUAACAGUAAUAGCUUUGAUCAAAACACUUUUCAAAGGAGAAAUGAACAAGGAGCUAGAGGAAGUCUUGAACAAUGUAUUGAGAAGCUGUAAGCUUAGUGAUGCAGAGCUUGGAAAGGUUCUUGUUGAGGUUAACCAUAAAGAAGGCAAUAUGGAUGCAGUAUUUAAUGUGCUUACUGAUAUGGCCAAGGAUGGCCUGCUCCCAACAAGUGGGAGAAUUGCUAGUUAUGAGCGAUAAAUUUGUGGGGUGCCAGUGUUUGAGCUUGCUUGAAAGCCUUCAAUGUGCUUCAUAUAGGUUUCUAUGUGGGGCAUGCAGACAUAGCCAUUUUUAUAACAAGCUAGCAAGGGCAAGGGGAUGAUUUUCGACAUGUAUGAUGAUUUCUUUGUUAUGAACUACAGAAACCUGGUUUUUGUAGUUAGUGAUUUGUCGUCUUUGCCUUAAUGAGCUGUUGGUGGUGUGUACCAGACACAGUCUUUGGAGUAUUCAAAUCGCUAUUUUUUGUUGUCUAGAGUGGCCUAUCAAGGAUCAACCAGGACAACAACAGUGCACUCCUACAACUUUAACUCUUUGGAACUGAUCGCAGCUUCUGCCCUCCAAACUUGCUGAAAUAUAGGAGAAUGGACUGCCCGUAAGCUCUGAUUUGGGAGCUUCUGAAGCUUUUUUGUACAGACUGCAUUAGUUGGAGGCCUGUAACGUUGUUUCUUGACCAUACGACUUUGUUAGAAUCUAUAAGAUGCAGAUAAGUGUUAUUCUCCAGUCUCUGUUGUAAGGAGGAGUUUAAAAAGCUAUUUUAACUGAUGUUUCUUCCAAUCACUUGUUUAAAACCACUGAGACUUAUAUUCUGAUUUUAAUCUGGCCUGCUAUUUAAUUUUCUUGUUUACCCUUACCAGUUUACCUUAUAUGUUGUUCCUAUAUGUUGUUUGUAGACUUCUUCUGCGACAUGGUUGCAGAUGUAAGGAUUCGUUUCCUUGUGUCGUUGUGCAUUGGUGUUCUUAUAGUGCUUUUGGAGUGGUGAGCUGGGGCAAUCUAUAUAAAAGAGAUGAUGCUAACUUGGAUAAUUAAGCUUGCACCUGAACAUAAUGCUUCGGCAUGGUCCUCUGUAUCUUGACGUGGGAGAUUGAAAAGUAGAAAAAGCCAAAUGAGAAGAAACAGCAUGUAUGCAUGUGCCUGAGAAGAAAUAGCUGCGCUAGAGGCGAGGGAUGCUGCUUGGAAGACGAUGGAAGUAAAAUCGAAUUUGCUUGGACAAUAUGAUCAGUGAUGUCAUUCCUGAUUCUACUACAGAGUGCGAUGCAGACAUGCAGUUACGCUUCAACUGCAAAUUGUAACAGAACGCUAAUGUCAACAUCACAAGAUCCUGUGUAAGUAAUGAUUACUUUUUUUUUUUUGGGUCCCUGGUUAAAAAAGUGUGCUAAAAUAAUCCAUGAUGACUUCAUUGUUUUCAGGGCUAGAAUCAGAAAUUGUAUUUGCUAAUAUUGCUAUAUCAUAAGAAUGGUUAUGCACUAUAUCAUGGUAGACAGUUAUCGCCCCCACCCCCAGAUCAAGAAUUUGUAUCAUACAUUGGAUUUAAAUUGUGAUAUGUGUAACUUCGAACCUAGUUGGGCCUGUCCAAUUCACCUUAUCGGGUCAGGGCCCUUUUGUUGCACAACUCUUAUUGCAUGCCAAGAAAUUGUAUCUAUAUUUCAUCAUGGUGUGCUGUUUUUUCUUCUCUUUUCUGUGUUUUUUUUUGCAGAAAAAUGGUGUGAUUGUUAAAAGGGUAACAUAUUUUCCGCCCAUCAUUGGAUGUGGCGCAUUAGUCGGGCAUGAUUAUGAAAUAACCCACUUGAAGAUAUGAAUAGAAUCAGAAAUUAGCAUCAAGU